AUGUAUGUGAAAUGGUUUGAUACAGUAAUGUUUUACUAUGUGAUUUUAGUGUAUUUAGUGAAUGUCACUUUUUGACAUUUUUAAAUUUCCCUCCAUUCCGUCCCGGUACGUCCCGACGCUCGCAGGGAACGGAACCCAGAAGACAGAUGCCGGCAUCGGCCGGAGGACAUUGCAGGGAUGCUGCAGGAGGGACAUCGCGGGAGCAAAGGACAAGGUAAGUGCAGAAGAGAUCCCGGAGCAGCACUGCAGGGUAUUCCCGAGUAUAGCUCGGGGUUACCGCUUUUGAUACACUCGGGAAUACCGCCAGGGAGGUUAAG